UUUGCAAAUCAAUCACCAUCUUUGUUUGUUUAGUCCCAAUUCGUGUAACAAAAACUUUAAAAUUCUAUUUCAUUCGCUCAUGUUUUUGUUAAAUUGCAUGUUAUACUUUUGUUUAUAACGACUUCAUUUACAGAGAAUGUCAUGGCUGAGCUUGGAAGGCUUCUUAUAUAUGAAGCAUCAAGGGAUUGGCUGCCUACAAUUUCAGGGGAGAUUCAGUCCCCACUUGGGCUUGCUACAGUUGAAUUUAUUGAUCCAAGAGAACCUGUAGCGGUUGUUCCCAAUCUGAGAGUUAGGCUUGCUCUUGCAGAACAUGCAACAUCCAUCUUGCCAGCAACCAAGACAUACCACCUAGGUAACUAAUUA